UUGACAGAGCGUGAAGCAUCACAGAACAAUAGCAGCUGACAGGUGCGCGCAGUCAUGGAAGGUAGAGGGAAUUUCGCGGAAUGUCAACAUUCAGAAUGUAUUCGUUUGAGUAAAGGAACUCUUCUGUAGAAGUGUGAAUCAAAGAGGAACGCCAUUGUUUUCUAAUCUUAGGGCUGGCAUAUGACAGUAGACCAUGGCUGGAGGUGUGUUUCACGUAGAAUUCGGAAUUAACGACACGGUGCUGACGCGAGCUCUUGAGAACAGGAAGUACUCGGUGGCAGAGACUAUAAUUAGGGAGAACACCAAUCCGUCCUAUCUGGAUGAAGGCUGUUACCAGAGAACCCCCCUGUUUAUAUGUCUCUGUGGUAUAGAUGAAGAACAGCAAACAGUUCGGCCGAGGAAUCUAUACUUAGCCAGGCUUCUGGUGGAAAAUGGUGCUAAUGUCAACUAUAGGGUGCCCAUGACAUUUGGGUCGGAGUAUGAGGGUCCCGGUAAGAGUCCGUUAGAGCUACUGACCGACUUCUACAACGAUCUAACCAAACUGGUCCAUCCACACAGCAAGGAACUCUGGAGUGCCCACCACAGUCAGUGGGACCUACAGAGUGAUGUCGUUAUUGGACUCAACAAACAGUACCUCACCACUCCUGAGGAGGUGACUCAGCAUGUGGAAGAUCUCAUUUUCAUCAUCAUCAGUCAUGGAGGGGACAUCAAUAUCUGUGAUGAGACAAAGAUGACCCCGCUGCACCGCACUGCUAUGUCAUCUAUCGACACUCAUCUGUUUAAGCUCCUGUGUGACAAUGGAGCUAACAUAAAUGCUGUGGAUGGUCGGGGAAACUCACCACUGCUUGCAAUGUGUGACGUUGUAGGGACAGAUGAUUACGAUUUUUUUGAGGACUGGUCAACAACGAGUGAUGACACGUAUGAGGAUAGCAGUGCCACCUUGUGUGUACAACAUGAUUUCCUGGAUUAUAUGUUGUCACUGAAAAACAUUCAGGUAAACAUAAGUAAUAACCGUGGUCAGACAGCUCUGUUUCACUGUGUCCUGAGGGGGGAUGUGCUGGCCUGUCAAAAACUGCUAAAGGCAGGGGCGGAUCCAUCAAUUAGAGGAACGGUGUGGGAAACCAGGAAACGCAAGAGGAAACUGUCUCCGAUUUUUGUGUCAUUUUUAUCCAUUCCUCUCCAAAGAGCACUUGGCUUCCAGAACACAUAUCACCUACUGGCUGGCGCUCCUCAACAGUACGCUCACUUAGUGGACGCAGGUUACUUCAACAGGAAAGAGAUCACAGAGGAAGUGAAAGAACUGCUAGACAACGAAUUUCCAGAAUUUGAACACUUAAAAAUAGUUUCUGACAAAUUAGUGAGAAUGAUGUGUGGUCGAACCACAGCUGGACUAAGACAACUCGCAACACGGACAAUCUUUAAACAAGUCUUCCUUCAAAGUACCAAAUCUCUGGGAAAACUCCUGCCAUCGACUUCAAUAAAAUCCUGUCUCAAGAAUGCUGAUCUCCGUCAGAUGGAUGUUUAUGAUGAGUACAUCAAUCUGGUUCUGAACCGGACAGUACUUCAGGCUCUGGUUGUUCGGCUGGGACUUCCCGGUGAUUCUCUGGUGAACUUUGAGGUGGAGCUCUUCCUCCACCAGAUGGCAAGUCGGUUCUCCGGAUUUAAGGUGGUUCCCCCCGAGAGUCCGUACAGUGGUGAGAGUGGAGAGAGUUCUGUGUCAGAUGACAGCGAUUUGACCAGUAGCCAGGACGAGGGGGAUUCUGACCUUGAGUAUUGGUAACCAAGAGUAAUGUCCCUUCUGUAUUUGUUCAGAAAUGAUAAUUAUACACAUAUUUCAAGAGCUACUGUGGCCAUAUAUUUGAGUGUUAGGUAGUGUGCACAUAUAUUAUUCUCAUAUUUUUGCUUUAUCUAGAAUUUUGCUCUAAAUAGUUCAUGAGGAGUACAUGAUACUAAGUAACAUUUAAUUCUAUGUAGUGUUUUUGACAUAAACCGUUUGUGCUAAAGUAAACACUGCUUAUUUCUAGAUGGAUCAAUUUAUAUACAUGAACAAAGUGACAACUAACACAAGCAUUGUCAGUGCUUUCUUACCCAAACAUUCAUAAAUGCCAUGAUUUCACAUUUUUAUCUGUACAGUUGCUAUUUGAUUGCUGUAAUGUAUUAUAUAAUCAGAAAUAUUUGUUAGUGUGAGCUUUAAAUCUUUGAUGUAUUAUUUGAUUAUGACUUUAAAUGUUGUGUAGAGUUAUGGCCCUUUAAUUGUAACAGUUUGUUUGAAUGCCAGACAUUUUCAUUUUUGUUUAUUCCCAUAUUUGUUAAGAUGAGUGAUUCUGUAAUUUGUUUUAUAUAUAUUAGCAUUUAAGAAUGAUAAACGUAAUGUUUUAUACAACAGUGUGGCUCAAAAAAGAGGUCCCCCCUUUUUAUGUGUAUAUGCACAUAUAUUAUUAUGUUCUCUAAAGUAUUUUGUUUUUCCUGGCCUGUUGUGCUGAACAUCUCUCAUUUUUAUCUGUCCAUCGUUCUGCACUUGGUUUUUUUGUGGAUGGUAAUCAGGUUUUAGAGUCUAUAUUAGAUAUACAGUAAUCCUUGUUCAAACAAUAUAUGUAUAAUCAUUUUGUACAUAUAAUAGGAAUUUUUUGAACUACUUCAUCAGACUUAGACUGGAAUGACAUUUUCUGAUGUUUUUAAAUUCUACUUGUGCUUCACCUAGUAAAGAAACAAUAUAUUCACAUACAUUGCAUAGACUUAAAAAAUAUUGCCCAUGUAAGAUGAUGCAUGUACAAGGUUUUUUUUUCUUCUAUGUUGCACUGUAUGACUAUGUACAGUGGCGGAUCAUAUUAUUUCAGUGAAACCUGUCUAAUCCGAAAUGCAAUGGGAGACUAAAGUUUUUGCUGAACAAACAGGGUGUUGGAUUAUACAGUGUAAAGAACAUGAAAAAUAGUAAAAUGGGAAUGAAAAUAUUUGUUGAAGUUCAUAGAGAAAUGGAUUGCACAGGUUUCAGACUAGACAGUUUUCACUGUACAAACAAAAUGAUAUAUGUAGCUCAAUUGAAGUUUAAUUUUGCACAGGUCUUACUAAUUAGUAUCAUAAACCAAAAAAGAUCAACAUUCCAUAAAACAUCAUUGUUAAUUUUAUUUCAUUAAAUGUUUAGAACUGUCCUUAAGAUCUGAGCUAAGAACCAGCUAUGAAGUAUGUUACAAUGCUGAGAUUCGCAUUGUCUCUAUUUACUGUAUACUUGUAUGUUCACUGUAAUAUGACUGCUCAUUUUAUGGAAUUCUUAAACAAAUCCAUAAAGCUAUGUAGCAAGGUACAUUUAGGUAUCUGUUAUGUGUGAGAAAUGUAUUUAAAAUGCUUUCAUUUUUUAGGCUAGAUUAUGAAUCAGUUUAUCUGCUCUUUAUAUGGAAAUUUUUCUCCCAGUCUGUACAUGUAUAUUAAUCCACAAUAUAACUGCUUCUUUAUUGUGUCACUGUUCAUUGGAUAACUCCCAAACUUUGCAUGUCAACAACAAAAGAAAAGUUAGGAAUUGUAUCCUUUUGGAUGACCUUGGCCUUAAUAUUUGACCUUGAGAAAAAAAAUCUUUGUUGAAAAAAAAAUCUGCAAGAUAAAUAUAAAAUUUCAUAGAGAUAAAUUAAGAAAAGGUUUAACAGCUGGUUAAAAUUAAAAAUAACCUUCAUUCCAUUCAGUAUCUUUUGAUUUUAAUAAACUUGGGAUAAAAGCAUGUUUCAUUGUAAUCAGUUACUACUAUUCUAAAUCGUUUUUCAUGUUGUAUAACAUCGAUAUUUUAAUCCUCAAGUAAACAUUAUUUUUAAUAUUCAGUCUUUUUCAUAACCAAGAAUAUGAUUUUUAAUUUGAUCUCCACUUUAAAAUAUGAAAAAUAUGUGUACCCAUUUGCCAUGUGUUUCAGAAAUUGUUCAGACUUCUACAGUAUUAAAAUAUAACAUAAACUAUCCACACAUCUGCACAAUCCAACAGGAAUUCGAUAUAUUAGUUUAUACUUUAUAUUUUUUAUUCAAAUCAAAAUACAUUUAAAAAAAAAAGAAUUUGACAUAGAUCUUCUGUAACAAAUCUAUCAUUAAUAAGUAUAAAUUACUGGUAUGAUAAAAUAAUUUUUUCAAAGCAGCUUAGCUGAGCAAAUAUUAUCCCCCCUUUUUUAAUUACCCUUUUAAUGCUGGUUUUGUUUUUCCCGCUCUUAUGUAGAUGUUUGUUGUUUUUGUUUUACACUUUUGAAUCUAGACAUAUCAACUUCACAGUCUGACAAAUGACAAACUUUGUUAUAUUUUGUUUACUUU